CAGCUCCUGUGUCCUCUGUCCGUCUGGCCUCUGAGUGUCUGUCCCAGGGAGAGAUGAGCGUGUCCUGCUCCUCUGAGGGAGGAGACAGUCCUCAGUACAGCUGGACUCUGGAUGGACACACACUGACAGACCAUCAGCUCCUCUCUGGAAGUAAAGAGACCAACAUCAUCACUCUGAAACAAGAUGUGUCAGGACUCCUGGUCUGCUCGGUCAGGAAUCACAUCAGUAGUGUCUCGAAAGAAAAGAACAUAUCUACCUGUGGCUUCAUAUUCAUCAACUGUACCUCAUCCAAUGGGACAAAUAUAUCACAGUGGGUGUACGCAGCCAAUAACACCCUGUGUAUUGAGCCAACAACACCUCCAAUCACGAGCACAGACCUUAAGACCUCCACUGAGGCUCCUGUGUCCUCUGUCCGUCUGGCCUCUGAGUGUCUGUCCCAGGGAGAGAUGAGCGUGUCCUGCUCCUCUGAGGGAGGAGACAGUCCUCAGUACAGCUGGACUCUGGAUGGACACACACUGACAGACCAUCAGCUCCUCUCUGGAAGUAAAGAGACCAACAUCAUCACUCUGAAACAAGAUGUGUCAGGACUCCUGGUCUGCUCGGUCAGGAAUCACAUCAGUAGUGUCUCGAAAGAAAAGAACAUAUCUACCUGUGGUUUUGAAAGUCACUGUGACGGCAGACAGGAUGGAGCUCAGUGUUAUGGAGCUCUGGGAGGAACUGUGGUGAUCCAGCUGAUGGACAGGAGAGAUAAGCGUGUCCUGCUCCUCUGA